AUGUUUGCCUCCAUCGUUCUUCCCCUCGCCCUCGCUGCCGGCUCGCUCGCGAUGCCCAUGGCGCGCCAGAACAGCUGUACCAACCUCGGUGCGGGCGCGACCGCUUCGCUCACGUACAAUUUCACUCUCUCCGCCGUCUCCCCGACUGCAGCGGACAGUGCCACCGGGACGAACCUCCUGGUGACCCCGGGACCGGCGGGCACCAGCGGGGAGGCUGUUGAUUACUGGCUGUCUACGUUCUCGGGCACGGGCUCGAGCAACUUCCCGACCUUCACGCUCGAGGACGGCGCGCUGAUCCCGCAGCCUAACGCGGCGAACCAGGAUUACGUGGCAUGGGACACGACCGUCGAGGCGGGCAAAUAUAUCGACUUCACGGUCACCGAUGCUAUCUUCGGCGGCUCGAACGAGGCUACGCCCUACUGCGCCGUGUCUGAUGCCAGCGGCUUCGUUACUUUGGCUGCCAACGGUGUCAGCAACGGAUUCUCGCUUUGCGCGACGACGAACGAUAACUACGUCCUGGUCUUCCAGGCGUCGUCGACCAACGAUGGCUCGUAUCAGUACAACACGUGCCAGCCGCAGAACAUCCACCUUGUGCAGGCAUAA